AUGGAAACCUUUGAACUAAAGACUGUAACAUACGGCACAGCCAGCGCACCGUACCUUGCAACGAGAGUUCUCCAGAAACUAGCCGACGACGAACGCGACGAGUACCCCGCAGCAGUUGAAGUUCUACGCAAGGAUUUCUACGUCGACGAUCUGUUUUCUGGUGGACGCAACAUAGCAGAAACAACCGCUUUACACAAGCAGCUCGACGCGCUGGUACUCAAGGGCGGUUUCGAACUCCACAAAUGGGCAUCCAAUGAAGAAGCAGUACUGGAGGAUGUCCCAGCAGAAAAUCGUGCUGUACAAGGGUCGGUCGACCUAGACCGAGAUCCGUGCAUAAAAACGCUUGGACUGCACUGGGAACCGUCCACCGAUUCAGCUUCCGACAUCGACGAUAGACGCACCACUAACGAAACGCAUCGCACUAUCACUCUUUGGACCUUGAAGGACGACGACGGCAAGAUUUGGAGCUGGGACAACGAAUUACCAUCUGCCAUCAAGGAACGCUGGCACGAGUACCAAUCGCAACUCCAUCGGUUGAACGAUUUGCGCAUCGACCGUUGUAUUCUUCUUUCUAAUCCCGUAUCAGUCCAGCUGCAUUUCUUCUCCGACGCUUCGGAACACGCAUACGGCUCGUGUGUCUACGUCCGCUCUACAGACGCCUCUAGAGCAGUUAAAAUCUGUCUGCUGACCGCAAAAUCGAAGGUAGCACCCCUGAAAAAGCAAAGCAUUCCACGACUCGAGCUCUGCGGUACCCUUCUGUCUGCUGAACUCUACGAGAAGGUGACGUCAUCGCUUCAAAUCGCUCCAAAAACGUUCUUUUGGGUCGACUCGACCAUCGUGCUGAGUUGGCUAAAUUCUUCUCCGUCGACCUGGACAACGUUCGUGGCCAAUCGAGUCUCCAAGAUUCAGACCGCCACGCAAAACUGCUAUUGGAAUCACGUAGCAGGCCAGCAAAACCCAGCAGACCACAUUUCCAGAGGGAUACCGACAGAAACCUUUCUCCAAUGUGAUCUCUGGUGGCAAGGGUCACAAUGGCUUCUGAACGACCAAAGCGACUGGCCCAUACAACAACACUACAACAUUCAGCAUUCCGAAGUUUUCGUAGAAACACGAAAGGCACCGACAGCAGUAGUUCCAGCUAACACCGAACCAUCAUUCGUCGACGAAUUCGUGGAACAAUUCUCCGACUUCCAGCAUAUGGUCCGAGUAGCUGCUUACUGUCGACGAUUUCUUCAGAAUUGUCGAAAAACUUCUACAGCACGAGCGGAAUCAGCACAUCUCACAGUUGACGAGCAGAAGGACGCAGAAGCGACGAUCAUCAGGUUCAUCCAACAGCAAAGCUUCAGCAACGAGUACAAGGCCCUCCAACAUGCGCAACCAGUAUCCCCGAAAUCUCGUAUCCGUUGGUUUCAUCCCUUUAUCGACUCAGAUCAGCUGAUUCGCAUUGGCGUCAGACUGGGGAAGGCCAAUCAGCAGUACGCACAUCUGCACGCAGCCCCCCAACUUCUACUUAACCUACUUCGAUUACGGUACUGGAUCACCGAGGGCAGAAGUCUGGCCAAACGCACAGUUCACAAAUGUGUGAUUUGCGUUCGAGCUCGCCCCAAGCUGCUCGAGCAAUUCAUGGUUGAACUACCCGCAGCUCGAAUCACCGCAACUCGAUCAUUCUCAUCGACUGGUGUCGACUAUUGGGGACCGAUUUCUUUAAAACCACCCCAUCGAAGAGCUGCACCUAUCAAGGCCUACGUUGCAGUUUUCGUGUGCUUUGCAACGAAAGCUGUGCACCUUGAAUUGGUGGGUGACCUGAGCACUGCCAAAUUUAUUGAAGCGCUUCGCAGAUUCGUCUCUCGUCGCGGAUUGUGCGCCGAAAUAUACAGCGACAACGGACGCAACUUCGUAGGAGCAGCCAACGAACUGCGUCAAAUAUUGCGAAGCAAGGUUCAUCAGCAAACAAUCGCCCGCGACUGCGCCGACAAUGGAAUCUGUUGGCAUUUCAACCCCCCACGAGCAUCACAUUUUGGUGGCCUAUGGGAGGCCGCAGUAGCAUCCGCUCAAAAGCAUUUCGUUCGAGUACUUAGGACGCACACUCUACCCUACGACUCGAUGGAAACCCUGCUAGCGCAAAUCGAAUGA